AUGCCUUACAACUGUGGGUUUGUCUAUCGACCUGGGAAAGAUGAAAAGAAUCCUGCUGAUUUCAUGAGUCGACAUCCAGCUGCAGAGUUUCUAGCUCCUAAUAUCGCAGACGAAUACGUCAAUUAUGUUUGUAACAAUGCUGUCCCGAACGCAAUGACAUUGCAAGAAGUUCAGAGGGAAACCCAACAUGAUUCAACGAUGCAAGUUUUAGCUUCCGCCAUUGAAAGUGGACAAUGGUUAGAUCUGGAAGUUAAAGAUUACAUAAAUGUAAAAGAUGAGUUAUUAGUACACAAUGGGACUAUCCUGAGAGGACAUCGUUUAGUGAUUCCAAGCUCGCUGCAAGACAAAGCAGUUGAAUUAGCACAUAUAGGACAUCAAGGUGUCGUAAAAACCAAAAGAUUACUAAGAGAAAAGGCGUGGUUCCCAGGGAUCGAUAAAAUCGUGGAGGACAAAAUAAGUAGCUGUCUUCCGUGUCAAGUUUCAUUGGGGAAUUCUAUUGCGCAAGAUCCUCAAUGA